UGAAAGGGACACUGAUCAUGAGAUUAUCCAAGAUGGCGCUUCGAACUAAAUCUAUUCAGAACAUCUUCCUUGUGUUGACUCUUGUCACUGGUAGUUACCUGUGUGGACUCAUGAGUGCUCUACUAAGCAGUUACCUGUGUGGGCUCAUGAGUGCUCUACACCUGAGCAGAGAGAUCGACACGGCACCCAAAGCCUGGUGGGAAGAGCCAGUACCACGCGUACACCUGGAGAAGAAACGGGAGGCCGUGCCCGGUCCAGUCAGCGACACAUCACACGGAGACCAGCGGGACAGCAGGCACGAUGCACCGGCCGUUCCCCCGCAGGCACCCGUGGUAGAACCUCCCGGCAAAAACAGUCCUCCUGUCGACGAGGAGAAAGCAGAAGACGAAAAAUCAGGAGAAGACGAAAAACCAGUAGAAGACGAAAAAUCAGGAGAAGACGAAAAACCAGUAGAAGACGAAAAAUCAGGAGAAGACGAAAAACAAGCAGACAGAAAUGAAGACGCCGAAGCAAAAGACAUCAAUGAAAUCCUUCAGCACGCUCCUCCGGUGAAGAAACAGAAGAAAUUUGGCGAAAAAAAUACGGAUCUAAGAAAUCUUGAUUUUAAUGAAGAGUACAGAGCUAAGUACUUCAAAAGCGCCAAGAAAAUCAGAACCGUCAUGAACAGAAUACUUCACGUGACGCAGGACGUCGUGUUCUUCUCAGGCUUCGAUGACGACGUGGACAAUUGUUUUAUGGAUGGGCAGUUUAAACAGGGGUGCCAUUCUACGUCACCAGUGAAGCACUACGCCUCGUGUGCGGUGGUCGGCGGAAGCGGCAUUCUCACUGGCAGUAAAUGUGGACCUGAAAUUGACGCUCACGAUUUCGUCAUAAGAUUCAACCUGCCUCACAUAUGGUCAUACAAGGAAGACGUUGGAAUAAAGGUGAAUAUGACGGUAUUAGACAACUUUGCGCUGAGAACCGUUGACGAGAAGAUGGUAUUAGAACCAGAUGUCUUAACAGAACACUUCCUACAGUUUAACAACUCCCUUCUCUUCUACUCCAAGACGAUAUAUGAACCGAAGAAGGGGAAACAUGGCCUUGGUUCAUACGAAAGCAUGCACAGACCCCAUCCUGACCCGACCAUGAACUUGAUGAACCACCGCGGCCACAUGAAGAACGUGUUUCUCGUUCUGAUCGUCGUCACCGCCAGCUACCUCUCCGGGCUCAUGAGCGCUGCUUUUUCACGAGAAGUCACUACAAUGCAUGUUGCAACAUUUAAGGGCAAAGUGUCCGUACCUCAGAGUGCCCCGAGAAGUCUCGCGGGACGGAGCGAGACUCCGCGAGAUCAGGUUCCAAAAGAUGGCGGACGUUUAUUACACACAGGGGAAGAAGAUAUGACUGAAAACUCUUCAGAGGAGUUUGAUACGGACAAUGAGAUUGAUACGGACAAUAAGAUUGAUACGGACAAUGAGCUUGAUACGGACAAGGAAGUUGAUACGGACAAGGAGCUUGAUACAGAUGAGUCAGAGGAAUCAUUGGAACCAAAAGUAGCCAUAUUUGACCAUAGAGAACAACAUGAAACAAAACAAAACGAUCUAGAAGAAGACGCCAAAAGUAGUUCUAGUGAAACAAGCAACACACUUCAAGACUCUGUUGAGGAAAAACCAAACGGAAACAAAGCUAAGACGAAAGAGGAUUCAGAAAAUGACCUUGAAAACGAGGACAAAACAAAGAUAACGGAUGUUUCAGGACAGUCUGAUAGUUCGGAGUCAGUGCAGAACCAUUCCAACGAAAAAGAGAAAAAGAAGAAAAAAGAGUCAAAGGAAAAGACAUACGGAUUUUCGACCUGGAAAAUGAAGAAGUUGACAGAUGCAACAAAAAUCAAGAAGAAGAUUGCAGAGACAUUUAAUGUGUCACAAGAUAUCGUCUUCUUCGCUGACUACGACAAGCACAUCAGCAGAUGCUACGAUAAUGGUACUUUUCAAGAAGGAUGUAAGGGGAAAACACCAAUCAGACGCUACAGUACAUGCGCUGCUGUGGGAGGAAGCGGCAUUCUGAUUGGUAGUAAUUGUGGCGCGGAAAUCGACGCUCAUGAUUUCGUCAUCAGAUACAACAUGCCACCGUUAGAGAAAUACGAGGCUGAUGUUGGGGUCAAAGCCAACCUAAGCGCCAUGGACAACUACGCCCUGCGGUUCAUCAACCACUCGCUAGUCGUCAACCCGGAGUAUAUCACAUCGAGAUAUACGACGUACAACAACUCUAUAUUCUUCUACCCUAAAACACUUUACGAGCCAAAGAAAGGGAAGUACGGGCUCGGGUCGUACGCACGGCUGAAAAUGUUCCGGAAAAACAUCCGGAGUCACCGGGCCAACAUCACCGUGGCGUACUCACUCCGGAAUUUCAAAAAUAUAUCCGGAGAAUUCAUGAAACGCAUCAUUCCUGACUUCGACUCGCCCACAGUCGGCCUGAUGACGUAUCUCCUAGCUUUAACCUUCUGUGACCGUCUGAACCUGUACGGCUUCUAUCCAUUUAUGACGGACCCGCAAGGCAAACCUAUACAUUUCCACUAUCACAUGGACCAACAGCCGGACAAGUUUAGCGAGGGCCAAAGUCCGCACGCUUUUGUCAACGAGUAUAACUUCAUGUCCCUUCUGCACAAGAGAGGGGUGGUCAGGGCUACUGUGGGGAAGUGCCAGGCUAGAUCGCCAGGUGGCGCAACUGAGUAGUCUUCGUGAAGUCUUAUGACGAUGGCCUAUUACAACUAGCACUAUAUGCAUCAAGAUGUACAUAUUAAAAAAUCUAUUGGUAUUUUUGUAAUACGUCGUGACAAUACAUUCAGAUAC